AUGGAAUAUGCCAAUGCCGUAUACCAGCUUUGCGAAGACACGAUCAAGUUCAUCUCAGAGCAUCAGAUUCUUCGGAACGACUCGACGACGAGACAAAUCUCCGAAAUUCUCUCCCAAAUAGAGUACAUCGUAAUCCCAGUCCUACGACGGAAGACGAUCAACGAACCUCUUCAGCGGUGUUUACACGACCUGGAGUCCCUUCUGCGUCUCGUGUCGAAGAAUUUGCAAAAGUGGAACGAACGGCGGUCUCACGGGAAGUUGCACAUAUCCGCGCUCUCCUUCUCGGCAUGGGCGCCUCCAAAGGACAUUAAAGACAACCGAGAGUUUCUCAUAUGGAGUCAUGCACUCCUUUGCAAAGUCGUUCAGCUCGUCAUUCGACCGAAAGGGUACAACAUCAUCAGUCCGCCUCCCAGCAUUCGGGAUUUUAUAGAGCACCGAUCAGUGCAGAAGAUGAAGAUGAAAGAAGAGGACGAAACGGACGAGCCUUCCAUCUUCGAGGCUGAUCAGUUUUGGAAAAUAUCAAUCGGGCCAGAGACGGAAUUUGCCAGUUCAGAACAAUUUUGUGACUUGCUCUCUUCUUGGUUGGAUGAAGACAUGAGCGAUCUUGCCCGGAAACGCCUCCUGCUCCGACUCGACGAGCACCACACCGGAUAUAUAUCAUUCCCAACGUUCCAAUGUUACGUUCGCAACGGGCGGCUGAGAGAAGAUGUCCACCUAUAUACCUCGGGUGCGUUGCGAGCCCCUUUAAACAGCGGUUCCUCGUAUUAUCAAUCAAACUUCUCAAACGCCUUCCCCGCAGAUCCCCACGUCCCUCUUCUCAUUUGGAUCGACAGUGAUGCAUCGGCAGUCUCACCCCAGAUAUUAGAAUGUGCCGGUUUAGGGAUAACUGUCAUCCAAUUCGCGUCGACAGUUACUGUCAAAGCGUGGAUCACAAUUAAUAUUGAUUUCCUGAAAAAACACGACUCACCGACACAACUCCGCUUCAUUUCCAAUCAAACCCUGCGUGAACGCGACUCGUCCCACACACCAGCAGCGAACCAUGAAGCCGGGCGCCAGAUUUUAUCGCACAUCCGAGGUUUGGACCUUCACGCCCCGGUCAUCGUCUACACCAUGGGCUCCGACAUCGAACCAACGAAGUAUGUGGAGCAAUAUGAAAUGGCCGGCUCGUUGAUAAUUGGCGGGAACUAUAGGAUAUUCCAUAAUUACGUGGCUGCUUUGGGUAAAGGGAGGCCAGACGAUGGCAGGUGGAUGAAGUAUAAUGCAUCACUGUGA